AUGCCUAAAGUCACCCAAGCCAUCCGACGCUUUCUAGAGAAGCGUGCGGCCCAGAACAGCGACCUCAUCGAGCGGUACCUAGCCCAUGAGAUGGAGACUCAAGUCAACGUCUCCGCCGGCGAUGGGUUCGCUGUGGACGGUAAGAAGAACACGUAUACCGACGGGAUGGAUGAAUGGUGGAACAUUCGCAUCCCGAAGAAGGCCAACUCCGAGCCCGAGUGGCGGGACUACGAACUCACCUGGCCCCUGGACGUCCACGCAGACGACAUAGGAUCGACUGGGUGGGACUGGAAGGAACGACGCUCCCGGUGGCUGGGGUACGACUUCGAUAGCAUCACGGGCCACGCAGCGGGCGUAGGCGUGACGCAGGACGAGUUGGACAAGGUCUGCGCAGCGGCCCAAUCCAUUCCGUGGGUGGAAGUCCGUCGCAGUACCAGCGGUAGCGGCCUCCACCUGUACGUCUUGUGCGACGUUCCCACGGAGAACCACACCGUUCACCAAGCCCUAGGUCGGGCCGUGUUGGGCAUGAUGUCGAGCGAGGCGGGGUUUGACUUCAGCAGUCAGCUUGACGCCUGUGGCGGCAACAUGUGGAUUUGGUCCACCCGUAUGGGCAAUACCGGGUUGAGCCUGAUUAAGGCGGCCGAGGCCACAAUUACAGAAGAUGAUUUGCCGACCAACUGGCGCGCCCACCUAGAGGUGAUCAGUCGUCAACGGUCCAAAAUCAGGGUCGAGGGUGUUCACAACUAUGACACCUUCGAGGCCCUGGCUAAUAGCCGUCGGGUCGUACCACUGGAUGACAAGCACAAGGCCAUCAUCGACGAGCUUCAGCGGACCGGCUUCACCUGCGUCUGGGUUCCCGACCACCACCUGUUGCAGACGCACACAGGGGCCUUCGCAGCCCUCAUGGAAGAGAACGAGCUUGGCUUGGUGGGUUUCUUCAAGACCGUCUCCAGCGGUAAGGACCCAGGCGAGCAGAACUGCUUCGCCUUCCCCAUCGACGAUGGCGGAUGGAAGGUCUACCGCUUCUCUCCCGGCACAGUUGAGGCCGAGACGUGGGAACAGGACGGCGACGGCUGGACCACCUGCUACUUCAAUCACCAACCUAGCCUUCGUGUUGCUGCUAAGGCUUUGGGCGGCCUCAAGGACCCCGACAAGAACGACUACGUCUUCGACGAUGCCAACAAAGCGAUCGAGGCUGCGGAGGCUCUCGGUCAGAAGGGGAUCAAUCUCGACGAUGAUCUCCGCACACGCGAGGCACGUUUAACCACGGCUAAGGAUGGUCGCAUCGUGAUGCGGGUUGCCCGUAGUAAGGAAGACGAAGGCGAGAACGACUCGAAGAUGAAGAGCUUGGGAUGGCUCCCGAAGCGGGAUUAUUGGGUCCGUGAAUUCAACACCCGGGUGGAGAAAGAAGACAGCGACUCCACCACCGACUUCGAUCAGAUCGUCCGUGCCCUCGAUACCCCCGACAAACGGCCGGCGGGCUGGAAAUGCCGCAAGAUUCGCACAGGCGAUUGGAAGUGGACCACCGAAUCAACCGCGAUGAAGAGCCUGGCCUUCCUAGGUAAGACCAAAGCCGAAGCGGAAUCAAUCUUAGGUGGCGCGAACCUGGAUUCCUGGACCAUCGUCAACAUGCCCUUCCAGCCCGAGUUCCCUGGCAACCGCCAGUGGAACAUGGACGCCCCUCAGUACAAGUACCACCCAGCGGAAGUGGACGAUGACGAAGCCCCUAAGCACCCUCACUGGGACAAGAUUCUGACCCACUGCGGGCAGGACCUUGACGCAGCCUUACGGGACGCACAAUGGGCUCGUGAUGCCAACAUCCGCACGGGCCGUGAUUACUUGCUUCACUGGGCGGCCUGCAUGCUUCGUGAACCCAACCAGAAAUUACCCUACCUGUUCUUCUUCGGCGACCAGAACAGCGGCAAGUCCAUCUUUCACGAAGCCCUCUCACUGUUAAUGACCUCGGGCGUGGCCGCGGCCGACCGAGCAUUGAUCUCAGAAUACAACGGUGAGUUGACCGGCUGUGUGCUGGCCGUGAUCGAAGAACGGAACCUACCAACCUCAGCCUACACCCGGCUCAAGGAUUGGAUUACCAACCCCGUGUUGUGGAUUCGUCGGAUGCGAACCGACGCCUAUCCGAUCCCCAACACCACGCACUGGGUGCAAACCGCCAACGAGCGAACCGCACUGUUGGUGCAGCCGGGUGACACCCGCAUCACGGUGAUCUUCGUCCCGAUGCUCGAAGACGAGAUUCCCAAGCCCAUCUUGAUCCAGCGUCUUCAAGAUGAAGCCCCGUACUUCAUGCGAACCGUCAUGGACCUCAAGCUGCCCCCGAUGACAGGUCGUUUGCGGCUACCGGUAGUGGAGAGUGCAACCAAGGAAAUGGUCUCCGAUUACUCGCGCACACCGCUGGAAGUCUUCAUCGACGAUUGCUGUCACCACGUUAAGGGCGAAAUGACCUUGUUCAGCGACUUCGUGGAUCGAUUCUGCGAGUGGUUGAAAGAGGAAGCCCCCGAGCAUUACGACCGGUGGCAUAAGAAGAAACAAAUCAUCAGCAGCAUGCCCUACCGCUUUCCCUAUGGGAAGUGGCACAGCAAUAAACGCUAUAUCGGGAACCUCUCAUUCACCCCCGGUUCGGAUACCACCCCGGUCACCGUGCAAGGUGACCGUCUCAAGAGCAAGGAUAGCACCGCCAACGCGCUACUCACAUCACUGAAGGAACGUGGGAUCAAGGCCAAGAAGAUUCCCUUCGCCUGGAAGCUCAAGGACAUCGCUCACCAGCUUUAUGGUUGGGCCGGGAUGCGAGAGGCAGCCUGGUACGACACCCCCGAAGGCGAAAAGGACCGAGACAUCGUGCUCCCGGAAAUCGGGAAGAGUCCGGUGCAAAUCUGGAUCGACUUAGGCACACCAGCCAUUCGCGAGCAAGUCUACAUCGACACCUGGAUCGACUACGUGCUCAAGACCAACCACGAUGCGGAUGUGUUGCUGAUCCCCGACGUCCGAUUCCCGAACGAGGCCCAUGCGAUCAAGGAAAUGGGCGGCUCGUUGGUAAAAGUCAUUCGUCCAGGCUAUGGCCCACGACCAUCAAUCGCCGAUCGGUCAUUGCUGUGCUACCAGCACUGGGACUUUGUCAUCGGCAGCACUGGCCAAAUGAGUGAAUUGAAACAAUGGGCCGAUGGCUGUGCCCAUUGUUUGAAGUGGGAUGGUGGUCCAGCACAUUCCUGCCGAUUCCAACCACCAAACCUAGAAGCCGCCCGCCUCAUCGAAGAGAUCACACCUUGGGAACGUGACGUCAUCAACAGCGGCUUCGAGUUCCUCGGAGGGCUGUUCAUCGCCAUGACCUGCCUGCGUCUCUACCGAGACAAGCAGGUCAAAGGGGUCAGCCCCAUCCACAUCACCUACUUCACCUUCUGGGGUUACUGGAACCUCUACUACUAUCCAUCCAUUGACCAGUGGUGGAGCUUCUGGGGUGGGGUUGGUGUUGUCUUCACCAACACCAUCUGGCUAGCCAUGGUCGGUUACUACGGAGUGUUCAAUGCCCAACGUCCCCUGGUUCAAACGGAUGGCCAGCCGCAUCCCGGGCCUCAAGAAAAAGUGGUUCAAGCAGAAGACCCAUCGUAA